GUCAACAUUUCCGAUGGCACUUGAAGGCAGCGACCGUGGAAUCCUAAUUGGAGGCAGAUUUUCAGCGCGAGGAGUGGCUUCUUCAACUUCUGCUUCCCGAGACAGCGGAGUCAUCUUCCCUUCAGAUGUACGGGAUGGAGUCAUCAUGUCUGGACCUGGCUCUGGAAGGUGAGCGGCUCUGUAAGACUGGUGACUAUCGUGCCGGUGUGUCCUUCUUUGAGUCUGCCAUCCAGGUUGGAACAGAGGACCUUCAAAUCCUCAGUGCCAUCUACAGCCAGCUGGGCAAUGCCUACUUUCACCUACAGGAGUAUAACAAAGCCCUGGAGUACCAUCGGCAUGACCUCACACUUACGAGAACAAUUGGAGAUGAACUUGGUGAGGCGAAAGCCAGUGGCAACCUUGGGAACACAUUAAAGCUGUUAGGACGGUAUGAUGAAGCGUUGGUUUGUUGCCAAAGACAUUUGGAUAUCACCAGAGCCAUGUAUGAUAAGGUUGGGCAGGCUCGGGCGCUGUAUAAUUUCGGGAACGUUUACCACGCCAAAGGCAAGAGCAUCUGCUGGACUGGAGCCGAGCCAGGAGACUUCCCAGAGGAGGCCAGGAUAGCCCUGAGGAAAGCUGCACAGUACUAUGAAGCAAACCUGUGUCUGGUGAAGGAGUUAGGCGACCGAGCAGCCCAAGGUCGUACCCAUGGCAACCUUGGCAACACUUACUAUCUGCUGGGUGACUUUGAAACAGCAGCAGCUGCACAUGAAAAGCGGCUGCUCAUCGCUAAAGAGUUCGGGGAUAAGUCUGCUGAGAGGAGGGCCCACUGUAACCUUGGCAAUGCUCACAUAUUCCUCAGCCAGUUUGAGGUGGCGGCCGGUCAUUACAAGAGGACUCUGCAGCUGGCCAGGCUCUUGAAGGACAAGGCAGUGGAGGCCCAGGCCUGUUACAGUCUGGGCAACACCUACACACUACUGCAAGACUAUGAGAGAGCCAUUGAUUACCACCUCAAACAUCUGGUCAUUGCUCAGGACCUCAAUGACAGGGUCGGUGAAGGACGCGCGUACUGGAGUCUAGGAAAUGCCCACACCGCCCUGGGGAAUCAUCAGCAAGCCAUGUACUUCGCUGAGAAACAUCUGGAGAUUGCCAGAGAGACUGGAGACAAAAGUGGUGAGAUGACAGCCAGGAUGAACUUGUCGGACUUACGGCUGGUCGUCGGCCUGAAGUCAAACUCCAGUGUCCAUGCCAGUAUCUUCCGCAACAGCAACACUAACAGCUCUGCUCUACACACAAGCUACCAGGGUUACCCAAGCCUCCAAGGGAGCAAGUCUCCAUCGAGGACAAGAGGCAGUGCAGAGAACCUGGGACUGAGCCCAAGUCCUGACAAACAUGAAACUGGGGAUUCAUCACCACAUCAGGACUGGGAAGAAGAUGUGUUUCCUGGAUCUUCAAAAAACAACACAAUAAAGGCUUCUACCAAGCUCUUCCUCUUCCACCGGCUGAAGAGUAAGAAGAAGAACAACAAAUCCUCUCACAAAGACCAGCAUGAAAACCACACCGAGCCCUCAACCCCUGAGCAGGACACACCGCUGUCUAUUAAGCCAGGAUCACGGGACACUAUUGGAGAGGAUGGCUUUUUCGACCUCCUCUCUCGUUUCCAGGGCAACAGAAUGGAUGACCAAAGGUGCUCCCUACAGGAUGGCCAGAGCCAUCUCACUGCUCAUUCCUCUCCCUCCUCCACCCCACCUGUAGCUGAAAGGAAAUCUAUUUUGGAUUGCGAAACACCGUCGCAGGAUCCUGGUCAUUUCCUGGAGCUGCUGGCCAGCUCCCAGGCCCGUCGUCUGGACGACCAACGAGUCAGCCUGAGCCAUUUUCCUGGCUUACGUCUCAGCACCUCCAACCCGCCUCAUACACCCUCCACCUCCAGCACAGACAAAGUCCCCCCACAAGCCCCCAUAUCCAACACAGAUACCCCUCACACACCCUCCCUCUACAGUCGUCUAGAGGCAAGCGCUGAUCAGCCUGAGGGGGAUGACGUCUUCUUCGAUAUGCUAGUGAAGUGCCAGGGUUCCCGAUUGAACGACCAGAGGUGUGCUGCUCCUAAAUCUAAAGGAUCCACUGUUCCAGAUGAGGAUUUCUUCAGUCUCAUCCUGCGUUCACAAUCCAACAGAAUGGAGGAGCAGCGAGUCCUGCCGCCACCUGGCGUCACCCAAUCCAAACCAGACUGACUUCAUGAGUGAUUACUUUGUCACUCAGGAUAAAAGAUGAAGUAACUGAGCUUCCUUUUUAUUCAUCAAGAGUUUUGUUUUUAUUUGUACCACAUUAUACUCUUGAUUCCUGCCUCUCUGGACUGUCCUCACAGUGUUCCUGUGAGUCUGCCAUGAACACAUAGGACACUAUAAGGAAUCAAGAUCUCAAACAAAUUUUUAAGAAGUGGUAUUUUGACUGUAACAUUUAGGGUUUAAAGACUUAUGGACUUGUUUUUAGGUUGCUGACAGCUGGGUAUUCACUUUUUGUGAUGCCACCUGCUGUCUGUCUUUUUCAGAGACCUCUGUGCCAGUGAUCUCUGCCUGGACGUGGAGGCAUGCAUCAAGCCACUCGCACAAAGUCUGGGGUUGUUCCUGUAGUGUGGAGUACAAGUGAUGUACCAUGUGACAUAAAGUAAACCAAAGGGAUUUCUGCUUCAUGAUGAUGGACAAAAGAGACAUUAUGUGGACCUAUCUCAAGCAAUUAAGCAAAUUGGAACAUUGCACGGCCUACUCUGCCCAUUUGUGUUUCUGUUAAGUCUCUAAGAGUGGUACAUCUUGGUUUAAAUUGAUCUCAGACCUCUCCAACAGUGAGUCAGUGGAUCAAAUGACAGAUCCUCUCUGGGGAAAUAAAGGUCUACAUCCACUGCCACUGCUGCAGUGGGGACUAGUGGAGCCACUUACAGUAUCCACUUCCUGAUAUUGCUUUUAAAGACUGUCAGUUUUAUAUUGUCAAGGUUGUAUUGAUGGAGUUAUUGCCAUGAACUGGAAAGGAAUUUUUCUUCAUUGUAACAAGAUUUUACAGGGGAUUAACUAGUUUGUGAAAAAGAUAUGCUAUUGUAGCUUUUGUAUGGAAGCCUUCUCCUGACA